AUGGCAGGAGACACCGUCCUCGUCCUCGGCGCAACAGGCCCCUCGGGCAUCUGUGUCGUCCGCGAGCUACUGCACCGCAAUCACCGCACCAUCGCGUACGUCCGCAGCCCGGAGAAAAUCCCCGAUGACUUGAAAUCGAACCCGCUCCUUGAGAUAGCCACAGGCACCAUCGAAUCCCCCUCCCUCGCCUCCACCAUGGGCCGCACCCGCCCAACCACCAUCAUCUCGCUUCUCGGCCCAACCCCCUCCUCCCUCGCCAACCCCUUCGGCCCGCCCCUGCCCUACCCGGCCCAAUACCCCGAGCACAUCCUCCCGGCCGCGCGCGAGCACGCCGUGCGCCGCAUCCCUGGCGCUGUGCACCAUCUCGUAUGUCACGGCCGAUGA